AUGCCUCUCUCUCAUCGGUACCACUCCAUCAUCACACACCACUACGAUCCACUCUCAACUCGAGAAUCUGAUGAUCUUGACAACGAUGAAAAUGAUGCCAUUUCACAUUCAUCAUCAUCAUUAUCAACAUUAUCAACAACCACACAUUUACAUCCUCCAAUGAAUUCAUUAUUGAAUCGAUUGAAUUCGAUCCACAAUAGUUGUUCGACUGUUGACGACCAUCAUGACACCAACAACAACAACAACCAUCAUUCCACGAACGUCAUCAACCAUGAACUUUUAGAUGUGAAAUUAUCUUCCAGAAAGAAUGUUCACAUCUCGGAAAGGAAUCAAGAUCAUUCAUUCAUUGAUGUUGAGCCAACUACUUCUUCGACUUCGACUUUUCCCAUGUUCCAACCUUACAACAACAACAACCACUCAUAUUCUAGUCAUAGAAAGACAUUUUCCAAUCUUCGUCGUUGUACUAGACAACAACAAUUAACAUCAUUAUUCACAAGUGCUUGUUCUUGUUUUCAAAAAGUAUUUAAUUUUCAAAAUCCAACCACACCUGUCAUUCUCGUGUCAAGUCUUUUCAUACUCAUUGCCUUCCUAUUCAUAGGUUUAGGACUCGUUGUUUUAUUGAGUGUGAGUGGAUGGAUGGAUUUGAGUGGACAAGCACAUCAAUGGCAACCUCCAGAAUAUUUACUUGAAUGGAAAAAUCAAUCUUUUCAUCAUACUCGUGAACAUCGAAUGAAAUAUAUUCAUGUGGUCAAGGAAUGGCCACAGGAAGCUCUCGCUUUUAAAGAAUGGUUAAGGCAACAUUGGAAGCUUGUUUUGGAAACUCCCCAAUAUGGAAAAUUGAAUGAAUCUCAAUUGGAUUUGAUCGUGUUUCGAAUGGAUGAUUCAAGUUUUUGGAGACCUGUGGAAUUGAAUUCUGAAAUGAUUUCAAAAGCUCUUGAACAAGUUCAAAUGAAUUUACCAAGUCCCAUGACUUUUCGAAUUCAUGUCGUUGAUGCUUCGACUUCAGAAAUUCAUAUUGGACAAACUCUAACGCGAUUAUUGGAAUCGUAUGAAAAUUCAUGGUUGAUGGUCAUUACUCAUGAUGAUAUUCCAUUGUUUAUUCCUUCGAUUUUAUAUCCAUUGAAUCAUCUCAUUUCACAUCAAGUGUUAAAUUUAAUCAUGUAUCAUCGAUAUCAAGUCGAGUCCAUGUCUCAAACGACUAUUCCUAAAACAUUUCAGGAACGAUUUGAAAUGAGUACAAAUUUUUGGUUUGAACUCAUUGAAAAUGAUAUAUAUGAAUUGGACAGAGUUUUCACACAUACGGUACGAUUGGAACAAUAUUCUGAACAAGUUCGUAGUUUGAUUUCUCCUUCAUUGAAUGCGCAGUCGUAUCGACAAAUUAUGGAAUUAUUGGGUCAUGACAUGUUAAAUGCUGAAGGAAAAUGCACGGUAAUGGCUUUGACAUUACCAAAAAAGGUAAAUGAGGAAAAACAUGCUUCCAUGAGCGAGGAUUAUGCAAAAUUCUUACAACGACAUAAGGGAAUAUUUUCAUCAUUGGUACCUCUUUUUAUUACCAAUGAUCGAAACAUGUAUUUUCGAGGAGAUUUAAUUUUUAAAAAAGUUAUUUAUUUGGAAAAUUCAGAAUUUAUGGACCUCAUUGCAAAAUAUUAUUGUUAUCAAUAUUAUAGAACUCCAAAACAUGAGAGAGAAGAUCAACAUUCCAUGGUCAAUAUCGACGUCGAUAAAGGAAUAACCACGAUUGAAAUCGAUGGAGUGAAACACAUGCAUGAACUCUACACGUAUCGACACUCGAAGAAAUCCACAAAAAUCAUUCAUUUAGCCAUUCAGAUUGGAAACCGAGGUCAUUCACGACAUUUAGAAUCCUAUGCUAUGCAAUUAGCUCGCUAUCUCUCAGAAAUUUCCACUUCUUUCCAAGUCACAGUCAUGUAUUGCAGUAGAAAAAAAGAUUCUAAAACUUUUCGAUAUUUACAAACAUUUUCACAUCAAGUACAUCGAGUCGAACAGAUUCAUUCGAAACAAGAAUAUGAAAGAAUUCUCAAAGAAGAAUCCAUUUCCAUGGUUCAUGCAUUUGAUUCUCUAUAUGGAAUUAAGAGUUGUCAUGACAUGAAGAUUCCAUUCAUUCAAACUCUGGAAUCUCCUUAUCGAUGGCUUGUUUCCAAUCAGAAGAAGAAGAAAUCUAAAGACUUUUUACAGAAAAUGGACACACUCACUUCCAUGCAUGUGGCCAUGUCCACCGAUGUUGCUCAAUUCUCAGAUUUGGAGUUGGGAAUGGAUGUUUCAAAAAUGUUGGUGUUGCGUCGGGGACUCGAUCCUCAGUCUCUCGAAAAUUGUCAACGAUUUUUACAUUAUUUACCCACACAGAAACGACAUGUUUGGAAUCAAUAUGUGGAACCCUUAACGAAACGAAUGGUCACGGAACAAGAUGUGGUACUGACUCAAUUAGAUACGAAUAUAACACCUGAAUCUGGACAUCAUUUAUCGAUUGUGGCUUUGUAUGAAUUGAAAAAGAGAUUUCACGAUCAAUUUAUCAUGGAUAUUCAUCCAGUCUUGUUAUUGGUUGGAGAAUUUAAAGAUUUCAAAUGGCGUUCACAUUUAAAACAAUUAGUGACAGAAUAUGGUCUUUCGAAUGAGGUCUUUUUCUUAGAGGAUCGAGCGAAUAUUCAAAAAUUGUAUUGUCACCUAUUCUUGAUGAGCGAUGUCAUGUUGCAUCCAGCCCUAUUCGAAGGAUGGUCCUCUCUGGUUGCUGAAAGUGUGUACAUGAAGAUGGAUUUAGUAUCGACGGUCGCGGGAGGUUCCUUAGAAAUUGUUUCACAAUUUAAGGAUUUAACCACCAUUGAAAAAUUUGUCGAUCCACCCUCCACCAUUUUUGAGAUAUCGGCUGAUAACAGCGUACAACUCAAUCUUGAAAAAGUGUAUCCAGAAUUUUGUAAACAUUAUGCAGAGACAAUUCAUGAAGUGAUCUCGACACGGAGGGCUCUUGGUCCAAUGACAUCGUUUGAUGAUCGCAGAGGUGAAGACAUGUUUGUGGCUCAUUCGCAUCGAGGAUAUAAGAGAUUGUAUGAAAUGAUUGACAUGUUUGGAAUUUCAGAAACAAACAUUCCAUGGUUGAUUAGGCAUGCCUUUCGAAGAGGAUAUCAAUAA